AUGCAUUCACUCUGGAGGCUCCUGGUCCUCCUCAGCUCGCUGGCCUUGCCCUUGGCACUACAUAAGCAGCACUGGCCUGGCCUGGCCAAGACCCACACAGACAGCAAAUCGGGUCUGGCGAGAAUUAUUGCCCAGGGCCUCAUGAAGCACAAUACAGAGCGCCAAAUCCAGAACAUCCGCUUCCUGGACAGUCUGAAUGCCUCCAGGCAGAUGGCUUCGGGGAUGGUGGACUGGCUAAUUGGCAGCGUGAGCCUUCAGCAGCAUCAAGAAGGCAGCGCCAACAUCACCAACAUUCAGCUGGACUAUGGUGGGAUCUGGAUGUCUUUCCAUAAUGAGUGGUUCUUGGCAAACAUCUCACUUGAAUUUGACAUUGACUCGAGACUGCCCUUCAAUAACCAGAUCAUAAAGACACACGCACGCAUGAACCUCGCUGUGGAGUUCUGGCUGGAGAAAGAUGAGUUUGGCCGGAGGGAUCUGGUGAUAGGCAACUGCCGCGUGGAUCCCAGCAGCGUCCGCAUGACUGUCCUCACUGAAGAUAUCCCACCAAAGGUGAAACAUUUUUUCCACAACCUCAGAGACAACCUGGAAAAAGUUAUCCCACACCUGAUAGAAAGUCAGGAAUGUCCUCUGAUCGAUGAAAUCCUCAGGCAGCUGGAUGUGAAACUGUUGAAAAGCCUCAUGGAGCAGGCUAUUGCUCGUGAACUCAACCAAUUUUGA